AGAAACGGCCGGUUCGUCUCGUGGCGCGUGCAUCUGCCGGCGCGAGAAGAAGCAGCUGUGAUCUCCUGGUCGGCAGCAGCAGCCAUGCGUCGGCGUUCGGGCUGCUGCGCCCGACGGAAGCCGUCCUCGCCGCGAUCGAGGCGGCUGAGCAUGUGGAGCACGAGCUCCUCGUCGUACACCCCCGCGACCAGCUCCGAAAGCCUGUCGGACGACGCGCCCGAGGCACAAGAGACCACGGAGCACGCGGAGCGACGCAGCGAAAUCGAGAAGUUCUUGCGUGCCCCUUUCAACAUCGAGCCCGAGAUGGCUGGGCCGAUGCUGCAGUUCCCUCUGGACCUGUAUCUGCACAUGCGUAAGGAAGGGGGCAACGUGCUGCUGUCACCCUGGUACCUGGCCUGCAUGCUGGUCAUGAUGUACCACGGCUCGGGUGGAGACACACGACGCCAGAUAGCGCGCGUGCUCCACACGGACGACGACGGCGAGAUCGUGUCGCGCUUCGACUGCCACGCCAGCCGCCUGUUCUGCCGGGACUACCACAAAGCCCGACACACACACUCAGGGCUCAGCGUGACCGCGUACGCCGGCCUGUACCACGACUCGCGCGUCAACGUGUCGCAAGAGUUCAAGGCGCCGCUAUCGAGCCUGGACAUGCACGUGCACGUCCAGGACUUCGCCGAGAGCCCCGAGCAGAGCCGGCUGGCGCUGGACGGCUUCCUGCGGGCCCUGACGGGCUUCUGCUUCAAGCGGGACGUCUUCGCCGGCGACAGCGUCGACCUGGACACGUUCGUGGUGCUGGCCAGCGUGUUCUGCUUCGGCUCACGCUGGUUCGCCGCGGACGGCGCGACCCGCUCGACGGGCGUGUUCAGCCCCGAGAAGGACAGCCGGCGGAAGGGCUGCUGCGAGCGCGUGCAGACGCUGUCCAUGACGGGCAGCUUCCAGUACGCCCAGUUCGACGAGAACGAGGACGGCGCCUUCGAGGGAAUCGUGGUGGACCUGCCGUACCAGGAUCCGCGGCGGUCGCUCGUCUUGUUUAUCCCGGCGCAGACGUCCAGCCUCGCGAAGCUCGAGAAGCGGCUCACGGCCGCCAUGAUCCUCACCUGCCUGGCGCGCCUGAGUCGGCGGGGUCUGGUCGAGGUCACCAUGCCCAGGAUGAAGGUCAAGUGCCUCACCGACCUGAAGCACUAUCUGCCCUCGCUGGGUGUGGUGGACGCGUUCGACGACUCCGCCGACUUCGUCAACAUAGCGCGCAUCGUGGGCCUCCGGGUGUCAGCGGCCAAGCACCUCGCCGUGUUCCGCGCUGGGCAGAAAGGUCCGAAGACGGCCGAGGCGCAGGCCGUCGCCAAGGAGACCGCUCACGCCGCGGGCGGCACCGACGUCUUCAAGAUUACGGUCGAUCGACCCUUCUUGUUUCUUGUGCUCGCUCGCGACCCGGACACCGUCCUCAUGCUCGGUUCUUUUACGCACGUCGUCUAGCGUAACACCUUUGUCGGAGCCGAGACUAUCAAAGCGUAGUUAUUUAAACGUAGUGAUGUAUUAAAUACGCUAUUUUCUCUUUUACGAAACUGAACCAUGCACGGGUCCAGAACAAAACCUCAAUUAGCAUAAAACAUUUUAUCCCUGCCUUAAAUUUUUCCCCAUGUGCUAAUUUUAUUUCCGCUCAUCCUUCUAUAUAGGUGCCAAUUAAGUGCCACUAAUUAAAUGUUGCACAAGCAUGUUUAUUGCUUCACGAGCGCGACAUCAUUAUCGGCGCUACGCACGAAAUCGAAAGAAAAGAAAGAAAAUACUUGUGCUGUAGCCCAAGAUGGUAGCACAAGUAAAUCGAAAAUGAAAUCGUCUAAUAUGUCAAUGACCAGGCAAGUUUUUUUUUUUUCAGUGCGAAGAAAAUCGUGGUGCCCAAAGAAACCAUGCAGCUCCUUGAUGUAGAAGUCGUAUACGAUAGUAUUGAAUUAACUCCCAGUCUCGUAGAGUCUCAUCUUUUGCUCUAUGUGAUAAUUAGAUUUUCUAAGACAAACUAAUCUGAGGCUCUAUUAUAAUAGACAUUUUGUACCCUCGCUGCUCUCUGCUGCUUCGAUGUGAUCAUCUGGCCGGCACGUCGACAAGCGUCUAAGCUUUCAAAACUGGGGUUACGCAUCCCAAAUUUACACCCGAAUUAUGAAGCGCACCGUGAAUAAUGGGUUCCGAAUUUCGAUCACCUUCAUGCAAACAGGCAUUAUGUGCCAGGUUUUUACAGCUUUGGCCCAUUAUGAUCGACAACCAAGUGCUGCCACUGCUAGAACCGCAUGACUAGGAAGCUUUCGCAUGCUUAUACGUGUGCAAAAUGCCCCACGUCACUCGUGCAAAACUUUUUAUAUGCAAAUG